AUGAAGACGUCAAUUCUAUACACAGCAUCGCUGUGUAUCACGGCCGCCGUAGCGUUCCCCGCCAACUUACUCAACAACGGCGACAUCAGCAGCGAGACGCUUGCAGAAAUCAACAGUAUCGUAGCCAGGAUCGAGCGCGAGGCUGCUGCUGCGUCUGAAAAGCGACAGUUGGGAUUCGGGCUUGUCAAGCCCGGAUUCGAUGCGGAUGCGCAGCGUGUAGACACUACAGGGGCGCAUCAAUAUAUAGCACCAGGACCAAACGACAUCCGUGGACCCUGUCCUGGUCUCAAUGUCCUCGCCAACCAUGGGUACAUCUCACGAACCGGUGUUGCAUCGGUGCUUGACUUGACGACUGCAUCUACCCAAGUCUUCGGCAUGGCAACGGACCUCUCUGCCUUCCUAUCCGUCUACUCGGGCCUCGUCGCCGGCGAUCUCACCACCGUGUCUAUUGGCGGUAAGCCCAAGAGCGGCGGCCUGCUUACCGCCGCGACGUCGUCGCUUGGCCUUCUUGGUGAGCCCCAGGGUCUCAGCGCGUCGCAUAAUCGAUUUGAGGCGGAUUGCUCGCCUACGCGUGCGGAUUUGUACAAGACUGGCGACACCGAUUCCCUCAACUUGGCUCAGUUUGAGGAGCUGGCUGCCAUGCCCCUCGGUCCAAAUGGAUACGAUCUUACCGUCAUGCAUCCCUUCCGGGGUUCUCGCUUCAACAACUCUAUCGCGACUAAUGGGCGGUACUUUGCUGGGCCGUUUACGCACUUUGCGAUCAACACGGCUACGUAUCUCUUCACGUACCACUUCUUCCGCAACCACAGCGCCGAGUACCCAGAUGGAUAUCUCGAUCUGGAGACGCUCAAGUCGUUUGAGGGCGUGACGGGAGAGCGGGGCAGUUUCAAGUGGGCGUCUGGUCGUGAGAGGAUUCCCGACAAUUAUUACCGCCGUGCUAUCGGUGAUGAAUACGGCAUUGCAUCUUUCGCCCUUGAUGCUGUGCGCGCGCUACAGGCACUGCCCUACAUGGCUGUUAUUGGCGGCAACACGGGCAAGCCCAACACAUUUACUGGUGUCAACAUCGCGGAUUUGACUGGCGGUGUUUUCAACGCGGAGACGCUGCUUGAGGGCAACAAUGCUAUGUGCUUUGCGUUCCAGUUUGUACAGUUUGCCACACCGGAUAUCCUCGAUGGCCUGCUUGGCAAUGUUGUGCUUGCGGUGCGCAAGUUGACGACUGUGCUUGAUCCUGUUCUUGCUGCCCUGGGGUGCCCGCAGGCUGCCAAGUUCGAUAUGGGAUUGCUUUCGAGCUUCCCUGGUGGAAAGAUGUAG